UUCACCAUCAAUUAAUGUUCAACCGUCAGGCGUCAAUGUCAUUCAUUAAAUUGCUGGUUAUUACUUGUUUGAAGAGAAGAGUAAUUUGAUAUUUAUGUAUUGUUUAGUACACAUUCUGGUCCCGGCUAGUUGACUAGACUAGCCAUUGCUUUAUUUACGCUCGUUGUUUUACAACUCACAGUUAGAGGCGCGUUAAACCAAAUUAAAAUUCGCACGUUUUACUGAAUUCAGUUAUUAGGGAGCAAACAAGGAAUAAAUAAUGUUCAACCAGCCUAGCAAUCCAAACAAAGAUUUGGAGGUAACUUCUCCACCGGAUGACACCGUGUCGGCGCUCGAAUUUUCACCACCCGCACUACAGCAAACCUUUCUAGCGGCUGGUAGCUGGGACUGUCGGGUACGAUGCUGGGAAGUGGAGACGACAGGCAAGACAGUCCCGAAGGCAGUGCAGAGCAUGGACGGGCCCGUGCUGGACGUGGCGUGGCACGACGAUGGCAGUAAAAUCUUUAUGGCGUCCACAGAUAAGAGUGUCAAGUGCUGGGACUUGGCUUCGAAUCAGUGCAUGCAGGUGGCGGCGCACGAGGCGCCCGUCAAGACGUGCCACUGGAUCAAAGCACCCAACUAUACCUGCUUGAUGACCGCCUCUUGGGAUAAGACACUCAAGUUUUGGGACACCCGCAGCCCAGUCCCCAUAAUGAAUAUGAACUUGUCGGAGCGGUGUUACUGCGCAGACGUGGACUACCCGAUGGCCGUGGUCGGCACAGCGGACCGUGGCAUCUGUCUCUACACGCUAGAAGGCAAGCCGGCGGAGUUCAAGCGCGUCGAAUCGCCGCUCAAACACCAACACCGUUGCAUCGCCAUCUUCCGCGACAAGAAGACCAAGCAGCCCACUGGCUUCGCACUCGGCAGUGUCGAGGGGCGCGUGGCCAUUCAGUACGUGAACCCCACUAACCCCAAGGACAACUUCACGUUCAAGUGUCACCGGCCACCUGCUAGCACCACAGGGUAUCAAGACAUCUACGCAGUGAACGACAUCGCGUUCCACCCCGCGCACGGCACGCUGGCCACGGUGGGCUCGGACGGCUCGUUCUCGUUCUGGGACAAGGACGCGCGCACCCGCCUCAAGUCCUCGGAGAUGUUGGACCAGCCGCUUACGAAGUGCGCCUUUAACCACAACGGACAAAUAUUCGCGUACGCCGUUGGCUACGACUGGUCCAAGGGCCACGAGCACUUCAACCCGGCCAAGAAGAACUACAUCUACCUGCGCGCUUGCUACGAGGACCUGAAGCCGCGCACAACGUGAGCACUGCGCCCUCUGCCGACACGUCGUGACUGCGGCCUUCAACACCACAACUUCAGUUUUUGUAAAAAAAAACUGCCCCUUUAUGUAACUCAUAAUAUUACUUAAAUAUUGUGAUAUGAGUCGAGUCC